CAAUGGCACACAGCGUGGAUGAAGCGUUCGCUCCAGCCUGGUUGGAUGAUAACUUUUUCCGCACGGUCAUACGGAAGUUUACGCACGAUGAAGCAACACAGCUGUGCCACGGCUGUAAGCUGCGUCCGGGGACUGCUUCUGGAGAACACUUUGCGAGUGUCAUGUACCGGACCACGAUCCACUACCGUUCGGGUAAAGGUAAAGAGGCGGCCCUCGAUGUGAUUAUGAAAAUCAAACCAUUCCGAGAAGGGCUCAAAAAGGAUGUCCUCAACGACGGCGACCUGUUCGUGAGGGAGAUGCGUGUGUAUAGCCAGGUGUUGCCGGAAAUGGGUCGGCGAUUGAAGGAAAUUGGUGAAACGAUAAACCAUCCGAGACUCAUUUACGCCUCAGAGGUGCCUCAUACCAUUCUCAUACUGGAAGACGUCAGUGGAAAAGGCUGGCAAACUGGACAGUACAUAACAUCGCUAGAAGAAGUGAUACCGGCAAUCAAGACCAUCGCAAAGUUUCACGCGGCAUCCGUUGUGCUUCAGCAAGAUAAUCCAUCAUUUUCCAUCGAGUACCAGUGUAGCGUGAUGGAAAAAUUGCGUGCCCUCGAUGGAAUGCUCAGGAAAAGUUUCGUCGAUUUGCUGGCUUUCAUGCGAUCGACGGACGGGUUCGAGCAACUGGUUGCUCCCGUCGAGAAGCUGCAAGGAACACUUCUGGAUGGGCUGAUCCAAAGCUACGCACCCUCGACCAGCUGCAUGAAUGUACUCGUGCAUGGUGAUUUUCACUCGAAAAAUCUGCUCCACCAGAUCACCACCGCUGGGAGUCAACAAAUUUGCGACACCAUGCUGAUCGACUACCAGAUCUGCAGCUGGACCACACCGGCCGUGGAUCUGUUCUACCUGCUCGACACGAUCGUCGACCAGGCGCUAAAGGAGCGGUACCGGGACGAGCUGAUCUACGUGUACCACGAAGAGUUUGCCAGCUUGCUGCGCCGUCUCGGCUACCUGGGACAUAUCACCACGUUGCUCGAGCUUCAGAUGGAGCUGCUUCAGAAGGGUGCUCUUGAAUUGUUCCACUACGUAGCGCUUUAUCCAUUUCGGUUCGUCGAUCGGUCGACGGUGGACUACGAGCAGCUGCUGUCCGGUGCGGCACAGAAUCCCGCCGCGAGCAGUCCCGUGUACAAACGCGUCAUGCGAACCGUACUAACGCGCUUCCUGCAUCAGGGCGUGAUGGAAACGGCGUAAUUUGCAUCUGCAUCGGCUUUCGGUGGCGUUUCUCCGUUUUGGAGCAUGACGAAUCACAACACUGCACUCGGGGAGAGCCACGUGAGUAGAAUUCACUCCAUUAUCGGGCGUCCAACAAAGAAGCAAUUGCACAUUGCAUAACGCGUUAUCUUAUCGUAAUGCGAACAAGUAUAAGUCAAACCGGACCGGGAUCGUUUGAAUGUUUCGGUGUGCUGGGUUUAUAUACAGUGUUUUACUUAACGUGAAGGUAUAAUAUUCUUUCCCAGAAUGUUAUGUAAAUUUAAUUACAAUUUUUUUUUUCAUUUCUGUGCCAAAGGGAGG